CCCGGCGCUGCAGCCGCUCCGCCGCGCCGCCAGGGGGCUGAGCGGGGCGGGCCGGGGCGGGGCUCUCGCGAGAGCGGCCCGGGGUCGCCGUUGAGCCGCGGCGCCGCCAGCCCGAGGAAGCGCUCCGCAGCCGCACGGAACACUUUAAGAAUGAGUCCACCACAAGAUAGAAGUAGAAAUUCCUGCAGCAGCGAGCCACUGGCAAAGUGCCUUCAAGCAAAGAAGGACUUGGAAGCAGCUAUAUCUGGAAUUGUCAAAGCUGAGCAACAGAUUAAAGAGAACUGGCGGGAGGUAAAAGCUAAGAUUCAUAGCCACAUAAGUCGCCACCUGGAAUGCCUGCGCAGUCGUGAAGUUUGGCUGUUCGAGCAGGUAGACCUCAUCCAGCAGCUGAAAGAGGAAGCGUUGCAGCAGCAAGCUCAGCAGCUGUAUUGGUACUUGGGACAGUUCAAUUGCCUUAUUCAUCAGCUGGAACGCUCCUACAGCAACGAGCUAGCAAACCAGAUUUCAGUUUGUCUGGAGAGACUGGAGAGUCUUACUCUUAAACCAGAGGAGUCUUCUGUCCUGAAUUUUGAGGCUGACACAUCUUACCUUCGCCAGGCUAUUACCUCAUUUGGUUCAAUUAAAACAAUGCAAACCUCAGAGAGAGAAAAUGCUUCUCCCUGGUUCCCAGGGCAGAAUUUUGCCCUAGUGAACUGUGAGCAGCAGAAAACACUGUGUGGGACAGUGGGUGCCUCGCUUGCUGACUGGUUACUUGGAAGCAGACCCGUGGGUGUUUGCCAGGCUCCAUAUAUUCCCAGCACCAAUCUUGAAGAAUGGGUUACCCAGAAAUGCGUGUCGGAAGCCAGCCAGGAUUUAAGUUCUUCCAAAAUCUGUUAUUUUGAGCAAGCCUGGGGAAACCUGAAAGAUUUGGAAAACUGGCUCCUGCAGAAUCAACAGCAUGACGUUGCUGGGAAGACAGAUUCCCCCGCUCACAAGGACUCCACCUCUACUUUCAACUCAUCCUUUUCCAUGGAAAAGGUGGAGGAAUUGGAAUGCCUUGAACAAGAAGAGGUGGACCUUUCUGACUGGCUGCUUACGCCUGAGGUGGAAAAUGGAAGUAGUGCUUCAGAUGAGAAAUGGAAGUAUGAAUUCAAACCUUUUAGGGAAGAAUUUAAUUUGAAUGAUUGGCUCCUCAAAGCUGAAACGUGUACCAGUUGUUGUGGCAGCCAGAUCAAAAGCGUGGAAAUUGAGAACCUGGGAAAUCUGAAGUGCCUGAAUGAGCAUCUUGAUGGAAAGAAAUCACCCACUACAUCUGCCGUAAAUGCUUGGCUUCUUCAGCAUCCCCAGGCCCCUUUCAAAGUGGAAGAUGUGUGCAAAGCUAAUGAGCUGUGCACCAGCUUUUCAGAAUGCGUGUGUGAUGAAAACUGUGGAAAAGUGGCUCUGUGUAAAUGGCUUCUGAAGAAGGAAGGGAAGGAUAAAAACGGAGUUCCAGUAAGCCAGAAAGCUGUACCAAACCCUGAGCAAGAGAAGACAAAGUCUGUUGCCAGUACCUGGCUUAACCCCUCACAGCAGCUCGCAGGGGAGCCUGUUAGCGUAGAGAAAGUGGAUUAUUCAGCAGAGAUAGCAGAACCAUGGAAAGUACUGCUCGAAAGGCCUCUGACAAGCUGGCUAGCCAAGUCUGAGCACAAAACAGAAAGUGCAGAAGAAAAGGCAAGCAGGGAAAAAGCAAAUAGUUUCAAGAGUCCUUUCGUAGACCUCUUGGCUCCAUUCCACCUUCCCUUGAAUGUAAACAGUUGGGUGUUGACUUCAAAGAACCUAGAAAAUGCUAACCCACCUCCAGUGGAAGAUAAAUGGCUCCUACGCAAGAAAGCACAAGAGUUUGGCCUUCCUACAGUUUGUGACCUUUUUGCCUGUAUGAAGCUCAAUGGAGAUAACGAAAAAUGGCUGUACCGCACUCCUUUACAGAUGUGAAGAACUGGAAGCAUUGGAACUGUCCCCUUCCUGCUGAUUAAUCGCACAUCACGCUGAGUGACUGCAGCCAGCUGAUUUCUUGUGUUUGUGUUUGGCCGUCUGCUUCUUCUUCUAAAAUUAUAACAAAAAAUAUAGGAGUUAUGGUGCAGAAGAUGCCUCUUUGUUCUGAUUAAUUCUGAAAUGUAAACCCACUGAGCAUAAGCAAUCUGACACUAUAGAGGUAUUAGUAAAUUUGUAUCUGUUAUGGGACUACAUGAAUCUUCUUGUAAUGGAUCAUCACUUGAAGUAUACUGAAGCCAGUGCAAGUACAAAGCAGAAUCUCUCUGGUGCUGUCAAAUGUCCACCUUUGGCAUCAACUUCAGAAAUGCUGCGUUUACUUUCAGCUGCUACAACUUUGUGGGUUUGGGUUCCAGCUUACUGGGGUUGUGAGGUAGCUUAGGCUGUAUUUGGAAGCAUUUUUUUAUUGAGGAGUUGUUUACUAUAAAGGUUUUGUUUGCAUCGUGUAUUGCUGUCUCCCAGCUGAGUAUGCGUAGUCUAGAUUUUGAAAAAUACAUGAAUUUGUGGGACCUGACACAGGACAGGAGACUUGGAAACAUAGUUCUAAAAGAAAACUUUCUUGCAACUUUUUGAGCCAGUCAGAGGACAGGGUGGACAUGGGUUUGUCAAAGAAAUAGGACAAAGUUGAAUUGAUGGGCUUUUCUAGAGUAUUCACUUUCAAGUAUCAUUAGAUCCAGAACCUACCGUGUCCCCAGCAUUCAGUAACUAUUUGAAUUUCACUGGGACAGCUGUAAAAAUGAAACGUGUGUGUUUCUGCUAGUUUAGAUAAUUCAGAAUGAACUUCUGUUGACUAAGCCACUGGAAAACAGGCCUCUUAGCCAUGUGGCGUUUGAAGGUAAUACUUGGGAAAACAGAUGCUUUCUCAUCAGGUUGAUGUUUUAAUUGGGAAGCACUAACUCAGCAAACUGUGGAUCCCACUGUCUAUUCCAUUGUAAUGUUUUAGCUGUGGAAUUUCAUUGUUAUGCAUAUAAAAGUGGGGUUCCAAUAAUUCUGAUCCUUAUAGCUGUGGGCCUAUGAACACUCUUUAGGUAUUUAACAUUUUGAGUCCAUAGGAAAAAAAAAGCAGUCAGAUGGAAAUGUGGAUCACAUCUGUCAGCUUGCAUGAAAAACUGAAGUUUUCGUAGUUUCUGGUACAGCUUCCACUCACUUUACUCUUAAUGACCAGAGAAAAUAGCUCCCCCUCUUCUCCGUCACUGAAGCCUGCCUGAAAAUGAUUUUAAUUCUUUACAAUGCUGUAGAAAAGAAACUAGCAAGACCCAACACAUGAACACAUUCCUGUCUGAUACAACCUGUGUAUUUGUUUAAGUUUUGAGACGGGUACACUGCACAUCUGUAACUAGACCCCAGAAGGGCUUAACAUCAGUGGACCACUAGAGGCUUGUACGCUAAUAGUUGAGGCUUUCUACUGAAAGCAGAAAGAUGGUUUUGAAGUUCUUUUCCCCUUUGGACAUGUCCUUGUUGCUGCACAGGAAGACUGCACUGUGACUAACUCCAGUAAUAGCCUAAUUUGAUUAGCAGUUGAACUUCCUGAAGGUGACCGAAGUGCAGCCCACCUCCUGUAAUUCCUUGUAGUCCUCAUCGUGUGCUACCUUGUCAGUUUCGUUGUAAGCCUUUCAAACUUGGGGGUAUGUAUUCCUUUACUUAUUAACUGACUUAUCACUAAUUGAUAUUUAUGUAAAACAUCGAUUAGUCUUUUCCAUUAAAAAUAAUUGCAGCCAAA